AUGGCAUUUCUCGUUGCUGUUGUUGCUUCAGCACGCGGUUACUCGCCAGAACUUUUUACAAACAAUAAUAUUUAUUCAACGGAUGACUUACAACAAGAAAGAGAAACGAGAAAUCAAUUAAAAGAAACGUUUGGUUACGGUUUCUUGAUCUUUCAACACAGCGUGAGACUUCACGAAGGAAGAAGAUCAAUUUCUUGUGAACACAUGUUAAUGUUUGAUGAGAAGUCGACAAUUGAAUACUGUUUACCAAGGGUGAAAGGAACUAUUUAUUUGCAUAAGACUAUUGAGCAUUGUUGUUCAAAUGAGAUGAUGUCGGAUGUGAGUGUGCGAUCCGAAGAGUGUGUAAUAAGACAUGAUGAUCCUUUAAAGAUAUAA